AUGCACGCCCCAUUACCCCAUAAAAAGGCUAAAACAGGCUGCAAGACCUCUGGCAACCUCAGCCACGAGGAACAGCUGUGCUUUGACUGGCUGAUCAAACGAACAGCAAAGAAGUUUGCCGGCUUUUUUCCAUCUGACUUCUGGGAGAGCUUGAUUUUCCAAGCGAGCGCCCAGGAACCCGCUGUGCGCCACGCUGUCAUCGCCUUGUCGUCUACACAUCGGUUCCAGCAGCGAUAUGCCGCCACAUCGAAUAAAUGCGAUGAAGAGUGUUUCACUCUUCAACAAUAUAACAAAGCAAUUCAACACCUACGCACCAACGCCACCGGCAACAGCUACUCUCUCCGAGUAGCGCUGGUUACAUGUAUGCUCUUUAUCAUCCUAGAAUACAUGCGCGGGCAGUAUCAGAUGGCGGGUGCGCAUCUCCAAUAUGGCAUGAAGCUUCUCUCCGGCAUAUCUGCACCAAGUCCUCCUUCAUCUAUGGUGCCGACCACCCUGUCUCCUACAGAAGACUUUGCCUAUAACGCCCUAGUCGACGUCUAUGUCCGACUGGGCAUUCAAUCGGCCAUGUUUGGCCACGUGCCUUCACACGUGUAUAUUGUAACAAAAGACCCACUAUCCACUAGCUUCCCUUAUACAUUCAACUCGCUCCUAGAAGCAAGACGCAGCCUAGAUGAUCUUCUGAACAGAAUCCACUGUCUGAAAAAGCAUUACCACGACCACCACACAUCCCAGGCAUCAACCAGCAAGCAACAAAUGCUCAACACACAAAGCAGAAUUCUCGCAGACCUAUCCCUCUGGGGUAAAACAUACACCGUCUCACUCGCACGUCUGGAAACCAACAAGAUAUCAGGAAAACACCACAUCGCCUACCUCCUCCUACGAGUGCACCACGAAAUGGCUGUAAUAAUGGCCUCGGUCUGUCUCUCGCCCGAAGAAACCGAUACUGAGCUGAUUUUUGACUCUUACACGGAGAACUUCAUCAGAAUAAUGUCCAGCUUUCUCGACAUAUGGAAAACCUGGACCUCAAUAGUUUUCCGCGAAGAAGAUUUCUUAAAGCUAGCUAACGCACCCGAAGACAUAAAAUCCAUCUUCCAAGACUUCAAGACAAUGUCCGACAUGGACGCGAUUCUGGAAGCUUCUCUACUAGAACUCUUCGAAAAAUCCUCCAUAGUCAACCACUACCUGAAGAAACCAGACUGUGGCACUAACGGGUUCACCGUUGAGAUGGGGUAUAUCCCACCCGUAUACUAUACGGCUCUUAAAUGUCGUGUUCCGCGGCUCCGGCGGCAGGCUGUGAGGGCGUUGAGGGCUGCGCCGCAUCGGGAGGGGCUGUGGAAUGGUUCGCUUUUGGCAAAUGUUAUGGAGGAGAUUAUUAGGGUUGAAGAGGGGGAUUUUUACGCUGGUGAUGUCCGUGUUAAUUCAUCUGCUGGGCAUAUUAUACCUAGUGAUGAAGAUUUGCUUGUGCCGAAGGUGCCGGCUGAGGCGAGGGUCUCGGACGUGAGGGUUCUACUGCCGGACGAUAUUUCUGGCCAUACUUAUGUUAGCUAUCGGAGAAGGAUUGCAGGUGGUGAGUGGAUGACUUUCAAGCGGAAGAUUGGUGUAUAG